CAAACACACACGCACACACCGAUAUAGAUAUAUAUAUAUAUAUAUAUAUAUAUAUAUAUAAUAAAAUAAAUUUCAGAUCUAAGAAUUUUCUUCACAACAGAAAAAAACAACACAAUUUUUCAGCAUUGAGGAUUCAUUUAUUGGUUGAAAUUUACCUUUUGAAUUAUGGAUCCUUUAUGUUAAUGAAGAUGAUUUUCUUUGAAGAAAAGAACACUAAUAUGUAUAACAUUGAAAAGAAGAAACAUUAUUAAUUUAUUCUAUUAUUUCUAACUGAAGAGGUUCAAUACAACAUUUUAAGAAGCUGUGAAAUGAAAAACUCAAAUAGAUUUUCAACAUUUUACUGUAACACAAUUUACAUUUUAGGAUUUAUAAUAAAUAAAUAAAAACAAAAAUAAAGCUGGAAUUAAUCUCAACUAUUUUGGAUAUUUUAAACCAGUAUACUGAUAAUGUAUGUCAGGCUUUAUUUUAUAUUUAAUUAAUAAAUAAACAAGAAUAAAAGUGAGUCUUCAUGGUACUAGUUCACUAUGAUAAUAUCAUUAACGAAUGACAAGAAGAAGUAUAUGAUAAGCUUUAUCAUCACAAUAGUUCAUUGUUGUUAAUAAUAAUGAAUGAUAAAUCAGAAUUAAAUUCUAUAGAUUUAAGGACAAAUAAAAAGACUUCAUUUCGAAGUUAUCGUAAUUUAAGUACUUGUUUACCAGAUAAAAAUACUUCGAGGAACAUUAUUCAAGAUUCAGUCAAUGUAAAUUGUUGUAAUGAUGAGAAAUAUCAAUUACCAUAUGUUCAAAUGUCUAAAUCAUCUGAAUCCAUUGCUAGUACAAAACAAGAGAAUAAUUCAUAUAACAUGUUAGAAACUGAAAAGAAAUCAGAUGAAACUACUUCUACCACUAUUACUACUACAAUUAAUAAUAAUAAUAACAGUAAUCCUAGCACAAUUAUCGGAGUUCCUAAUAUUAAACGGAAUAUAUUAAGACGACAGCAAUGCACAGUUGAACAAUUCAAAAUAUCUGAAAAUAUCACAAGUCAGUAUGUCUCAGCAAACAAUCUUAAAAUGGGGAAAACACUUCAGACGGAACAUGCAAAAGAUCAGCAAGCAUCAUCUUCUUCCCCAACACCAAUUCAACAGACAGUUAAUGAUACAGCAACUGUUACAAAUUCUGGGCAACUAAGUAGAUCAGGAUUUUUACGUCAUCCAUUACGUAAAGCUAUGACUUAUGUGAAACCUCAAUCGGAAUCUUUUGUAUCAGUUAAAUCGGCCUCAAGAAGACUUCAUCACACUUCAACUAUCGAAAAACCAGAUGAUUCAAAAUUCAGGUCUAGCAGUAAGAGUUCAAGUCGUAAUUCACUUUAUAGUAAUAUAAAACAUUUCGAUUUAUCAACUAAGACAUCUGUGUUAACGAAUGAAUGUUUACAAAUGAAUGAUCAUUCGAAUCGAUCAGUUAUACAGGAAGUUUACACUGGGGACUCAUACAAUUCAACGAUACCUAAACAAGUCAUAAAAAAUGAUAUUGAAAGAAAAACCAAACAAAAAGAUAUCCGCUAUCUGAAUGAUUUAAUAACAAAUAUUUUACCGAGAUCAUUCUCCAAUGCAUUUAAACGACCAGUAGGUAAAUGUAAAAGUGCAUCGCCUACAACAGUAAAUGAUCAUCAUAUAGAAAAACUGAUUGAUUCUUUCAGAUUUGAUAAUUUUGAAUCGGAAAGUCAACAUUCAGAAAAAUCUGCUUCUGAUUUCUUAACAACUAAUGAAAGUUCUCCAGUUCUCAAUUAUCAUAAUGUACCAACAAGAAGUCAACUACAACAAUGGGAAAAAUCAUUUGAUAAGCUCUUAGCUGAUACAGAUGGUUUGUCUCAGUUUCAUCACUUUCUGAGAUCAGAAUACAGUGAAGAGAAUAUUGAGUUUUGGUUAAUUUGUGAACUGUAUAAACAUCUACCACAAGAAGAUCUUGGUGAAGAAUCACGAAGAAUCUAUCGUCUUUACUUAGCACCACAUUCACCACAUGAGGUUAAUUUGGAUUCGGAAACUCGGAAUCAAACGAUCGCUAACAUAUCGAAUCCAACUAAUGAAUCGUUUGCUUUAGCUCAACAAACUAUUCAAGGAUUAAUGAAUAAAGAUUCCUAUCAGCGGUUUUUACGUUCUUCAUUUUAUUUUGAAUUGAAACAAUUAGUUUGGCAUACAUAUCCACAAAAUGAGGAACCUACAAAGUCAGAAUCUAAUAUAAUUGAUACUGUUAUGUCAGAUAAUCAAACUCAAUAUUUCCUAUCAAGAGAUCCAGUCACUGACAAUACAUCCAGUCCAUGUUCUGAAGAAGAACAUGUGAAGGAAUUCCGGCGAUCGUCACCAGCAGCAUAUUCAAACACUAUUUUCCCAAAACAAACUGCGAUUUCACAUGAAACCAAUUUAGAAAGUGAUAUUCAGUCGUCGAAAACAAUAUCUUCCCCGUUACUUGAUUGUACUGUGUCCAGUUUAUUUCACAAGGAUAUAGAGGAUGAUGAAGAGUUAUCACUUCAUGAGAACAUAAUUGAACAUCGUACUCCCAAUCAAACGAAUGAUAAUUUAUCUGUUCACGAAUUACCAAAUUCUGUUCACACUGAAGCUGCACCACAUUCUCCUAAACUUUGUUAUACUGGAUAUACAUUGUCCAAUACUGAUUGUUAUAAAUUAAAACAAAAUAUUAGAGCAGAGUUAUAAUUUUAAACUGACUAGUUGAUAUGAUUCAUUUUUUACAUCGCCAUCAUAGUAAAACUGUUUUUUGUAAUGAAAAAAAAAAAACUACAAUCCGAGAGAGAUUUUCAUUCAUUAACUGUGAUAUGUUUUAUUGUAAUAACUUUCACCUAAAAUAAUUUCAAUCUUCGUUGAAAUAUCACAGAAGUGUUUAUAUCCUAAUACGUGUACUUGUAAACGAAGUGUUCAGUCCAAACAAGGAUACUACAGCUCGUUUCAUUCAGUCCAUUUUUAAUUGAAACUGAUUUUCCGUACAUUACAUCAAACAGACAAUCUGGAAAAAAGGAUUUUAUAAUUCUUUUUCAAACAUUUAAUCAUCAUUAAUUCCAGUAAUAAUCUGUAAUAGACAAAGAAGUAUUUGAUGAUCUUCAUUGUUAAAAUUGUAGGUUAACAAGAUGUGCUUCAGCACCAAUUUAUCUCGUGAAAGCAACUGUUUAAUCAGUCAGUUGAACGUGAGUAUCAGAUGAAAAUUAUAGAUUUCCAAAGAGAUAUUACUUGAUGAGAAAAUGAGUAGUCUGGAUAAACAAGAUAAGAUAAAAAGAUUUGUUUUACACAAACAAUUUGACUACAUAAAUUAAUCCAACCGCUUUGAUUUUGUAGUCGGCUGUGUUUUUGUUGAUAUUGUAUGUGGCAUAAUGUGAAAUGAUGUUUGGGUGUUUGUUGGAGAGUGUUUGUCAUUCUGUGAUGAGUCUUGUUCUCGAAAUUAAUCAAAUAUGCCUAGAUAUCGCACGAUUUCUGUUAAUCUAGACAUCAACUGAAUGUCAAAAGUUUGCAUACUUUGGAAAACAAUUCAACUCUUAGCAUAUCAUCAUAUUGCAAACCACUCAAUAUUAAUCAAAAUUAUUAUGAACGUCAUUUGUCAAAGACGUAAAUGUUUAAGUGAUAUUUCCUAAUGAAUUGAAAAUAACAUCAAACAGUUUGCUAUAUAACUCCGCCUGUAGCUCCUCCAGGGGCUACUGCCGGUCCCAAGCCCGGGUAAAGGAGAAGGGUUGGGCAUGGGGUUAACGACCCCAUCUCGUAGAAAAUCAACUCGCUAAAAAAACGCUAACCAGAAAAAAUCAUUCAAACCAUUCAAACUCUGCUCUGGGAGUAG